AUGCUGGUGAGCGGCCUAUGCUCCUUCACGAGGAGUAACAUGCUUUAAAAAUAGUAUAGUUUUGAAUUGAUUUUCUUGUCAUGUUGAAAUAUCACCAUGUAAAGUGAGAGAUAUUCAAUAUUGUUUUUGUUAGCCAUGCUUUGCUCCCUUGAAGAAGAUUUGAAAUCCCUAGAAAUUAUACUAGCUAGCACUUCAACACGUCGAAAAGAAAUACUUGGGAACAUUGGUCUACAGUUCUCCUCUGUUUGUCCUGAUGUUGAAGAGUCACUGCCUUCAGAAAACUUUCAAUCAAUACCAGCUCAUAUCGAAGCCAUAGCUAAACUUAAAGUGGAUGCAGUGGUGAAUACCUUGGAUAUCAGUAAACGUAACUAUGUAGUCAUAGGAGCAGAUACUAUGAUAUGUUUUGAAGGUUGUAUUUUUGGAAAACCAUCAAGUCACGUGGAUGCUGUAAAUACACUCAGUCGUUUGAGUGGGAAUGUUCACCAAGUGAUUACCGGUGUAUGUUUAAAGUGGAUUGUAUCUGGGAAAGAACAGAAAAUUGAUCAAUUUCAUGAAGUAACAAAUGUAAAGAUGAUUGAAUUAAGUCCUCUUAUUAUUGAAGGAUAUGUUCAGUCUCGAGAGCCAAUGGAUAAAGCUGGAGCUUAUGGUAUUCAGGGGUUAGGUUCAAGUUUAAUUGAGCGAAUCGAUGGAGAUUAUUUCAAUGUUGUUGGUUUACCUGUCUGUCGACUUUGCAAGUACUUAAAAGCUGGAUGUGAAGAAAUAAUGUCUAAAUUGUCAGACACAGAUUUUCUAUCCAGUCGAGUAAAUGUUCCAGAAAAAUAACUUUAAUGUCAGUGAAUAUUCCCUCACUUUAAUGAUGAAAUGCUGUCCUAAUUUACUGAAAAAUUAAAUAUUCAUAUUCUUGUUCA